AUGUCUCUCCCACUGAAGGCCAAAGUCUCGAUCCGCGAUAAUUGGGAAAAGCCCGAAUGCCAUGCUCAGGAGUCUAUGAAAAAGCUGAAAGACGUGCUCGGUCUUGAAGUUCGCUGUGAACCUCAAUGGCAAGUUCUUGUGUCCGAGCUGGAGAGCUUUUGGGAAGACAAGGGCGAGCUGGUUUCUUCAGUGACAUCCUUCAUUCAUGUUUGGUUUGAAGCACUCACCGAGUUGCUUGAUGAUGAAUCUCAUGAAGCCUGGACGGACACUCUCCUUACGAAAGUCAGAGAACUGACUUCGAGGCUGAAUUUGACGGUUGAGGUGUCAGAGAAUCAACGACCAUCAACCAAGUGGUCUAAUGCACAACUUGGGUUUAUUCUGUACAUACCAAAAGGCCUAACUCACCAGGCAGUUCAGUAUUUCGGUCUCUUCAAGGAACAGCUUCUUGAAUGCUUCGAAGAAAACCGACCGUCCAAGACGUUGCCCAUACACUCCACCACGGGUGAUGAAUGGGCAGAUGUUGGAGCAGAAGAUCGAGAAGAAGAGCCUGCUAAAUCUCCACAAACAGGCAACAAAGCGCCAGCUGUUGAUUAUCUCCCAGACCCCAACACCAUGCCGAAGCCUGGUGCACUUUUUCAGCAAGCUCCCUAUCACCUCUUCGUGUACACCUCGUUAUCAAGCAGGAGCCAGAAGAUUGAAAUUGAAUGCAGCCACAGCCAGACUCUGGAAGUAAUGGCCGAGUACCUGAAAAGAUGGACAAAGACAAACGUCAAUCGUACAGAUAAGCCUCCUGCGGUGGAGAUAACACUCAACCACGCCGCCUCUGGCUUUGGACUCGAGUGUGACAAGCUCACCCUGCAUUGUGAGAACAGAUAUGGACCUAUCUACAACAUAUCUGCUGCUGCAAUUUUGAAUUUGGUUGAGGGAGUGUUUGGGUAUGAAAGAGUCUAUGGCGAUUCCACUUCAUGGCACUACCGACGAGACACACCGUUCAAGAAGCGAUGA